AUGACAAUUCCUCGAAUGGAGCUCACUGCUGCCACAGCUGCUGUGAGGCUCAACCAAAUGUUGGUGAAAGAACUGGACUAUAACACUGAUGAAACAUAUUUCUGGACAGACAGUAUGACUGUACUAAGUAUCCGGGAAGCUUCUGAUGUUAAACAGUGGAGGUACAUCAACACAAAUAUGAAUCCAGCUGAUUGUGCCUCUCGUGGUCUUCCUAUGAAGAAGUUCCUGCAAAACAUUCUGUGGUUGAAUGGACCAAGCUUCUUGUCCGAACCAGAAUCUGAAUGGCCGACCUCUGUGUCAGGUCUGGAUAUUUUACCUGAUGAUGAUUUAGAGGUGAAAGGAGUUUAUACUAACAUAAUGCAGCAGUCUACAAAUGCAAUGGAUAAACUAUUGACACAUUACUCUGAGUGGAACAAACUCAAAAGAGCUGUUGCCUGGUUGUUAAUUGAAAUUAAAAACUUACAAAAACACAUCACUGCACGAAGACAAUUAAAGAACAAAAUUAACCAGCAUGAACAUAACCCUCAGAAAUGUAACCAGAUAUAUGAAGAAGAGUACACACGAAUUAAAUAA